CGGUGAACUUGAGCUGUACGAUUUGGCCUGCUUUCUCCGCGCGGACAAGUUGGGCUGCUAGCCGCGCUGAAACCGGUUUGCCGCCACUUUCACUCGGAGGAGCGGAAGGAAGCGCCAGUCCUCCGGCGGUGCGCUCUCGCGAACGGAUGUGCCCGGCUACGCCGCGUCGCUGAACUUGGCCGCCUCCCGAGCUCCACGCUCGCUGCCCAGCCAUGAUUCUCACCGAGAAGGAUCUCCAGCUCUUGGCCACCUUGCCCUUCCAGCAGCAGCAGCUCGAGCGCAAGGACGCCGAUCUCAAAAUAGAAUUCGACGGGACCACUGUGUUGUGCCGGGUCUGCGGAGACAAGGCCAGCGGCUUCCACUACGGUGUUCACUCGUGCGAAGGAUGCAAGGGAUUCUUCCGGCGCAGCAUCCAGCAGAAGAUUCAAUACCGGCCGUGCACCAAGAAUCAGCAAUGCUCAAUUCUUCGCAUCAACCGCAACCGGUGCCAGUACUGCAGGCUGAAAAAGUGCAUCGCGGUCGGCAUGUCUCGUGAUGCCGUGAGGUUCGGGCGUGUUCCAAAGCGCGAAAAGGCCAAGAUCCUGGCCGCGAUGCAGAAGGUGAACGCGAGCUCGCAAGAGAAGGCCCUCGCGGUCGAACUGGAGGACGAGAUGCGCCUGUUCGACACCGUGGUGCGAGCUCACGAGGAGACCUGCGACUUCACCAGCGACAAGGUGGCUCCGCUGUUGGAACGUGCCCGCGCCCACCCCAUCUACACGCAGUGCCCGCCUCAACUGGCGUGCCCCUUGAAUCCCACGACGCAACCGGCCGAAGGCAGCGCCGGGCCCUGGCUCAUGGAAGACUUCUCCGAGCGGUUUUCGCCGGCGAUCCGCGGUGUGGUGGAGUUUGCCAAGCGCAUUCCGGGGUUCAGUCUACUGGCCCAGGACGACCAGGUGACGCUGCUCAAGGCCGGCGUCUUCGAGGUGCUUCUCGUGCGGCUGGCCUGCAUGUUCGACACCCGCAGCAGUUCCAUGGUCUGCCUCAACGGCCAGGUGCUGCUGCGCGAGUCGCUUCACUCUGCGAGCAACGCGCGCUUCCUCUUGGACUCCAUGUUCGACUUCGCCGAUCGCCUUAACGCCCUGGGCCUGUCCGACGCCGAGCUGGGCCUCUUCUGCUCCGUCGUGGUCAUCGCACCCGACCGGCCGGGCCUCCGCAACACCGACCUGGUUCAGAAGAUGCAGCGACGCCUGACGGAGGUGCUCCAGAAGGCGGUGGCGGCGGGCCACCCGGACCGGCCCCAGCUGUGCGCCGAGCUGCUCAAGAAAGUGCCGGACCUGCGCACGCUCAACACCCUGCACUCUGAGAAGCUGCUGGCAUACAAGAUGGAGCCCGCCACUCCACCGUACCUGGACCACUGGGGCCUGGCGGAGGACUGGAGCCCCGCGAGCCCCCGGUCGGUGGCGUCGUCGACCAACUCGCUGGACGGCGCCAAGAGCCCCGUGCGGUCGGGCUCGUUCUCGAGCAGCACGGACUACUCGCCCGACAGCCCGGCCAAGCCGUUUGCCAAGGUGCGGCGCCUUGACUCGCCCACGGACUCCGGCAUCGACAGUGGCAAGGAGCCGAGCUGCUGCACUCCGACGGCGUCGGUGUGCUCGAGCCCGCGCUCACUGGACGAGAAGGUGAAAGAGGUGGCCGAGGAGGCGGCCGACGAGGACAUGCCGGUGCUCAAACGGGCCCUGCAGGCACCACCCCUGGUCAGCCCCAACCAGCUCAUGGAGGAGGCGUACCGGCACCACAAGAAGCUGCGCGCCGUGCGCAAGGAGGCGGCCUCCAGUUCGGCCGACCUGGCCUCCAGCCACAGCACCCUGGUGGGGCGGCUGCAGCAGGCGCCGCGCUUCCUCAAUGAGCAGCAGCUCAAGCGCACCGACCUCAUCCACAACAUCAUCAUGCGCAACGAGGGCCCCGCACCCAAGUUCCCCCCCUUCUACCCGCCCUUGACGUGGGUGGACGCGUCGCCCCCGCGCUGCCCCUACAGCCCUCCGGGCCCCGGCGCCAGCCCCCCGCUAGUCCUUUCUGACGGCCAGCAGCCGCUCAACCUGUCCAAGAAGCCCGCCAGCCCGUCUCCGCUGGCUGCUCUCAAGACUGAGACGUCUUGAGCGCCUGUGUACAUAGCGCCCUGGGACGCAUAAGUUAUACACACUGUACAGAGAACGGUCAGCCCCGCCGGGGCGGCUCAAAACUAAUAUAAGUUAUGGUGGACCUAUCGAAGAUGGCGCUGCUGCGGGAGCCAGUAUUACGUGCAAUCAUUUUCUCCGUCGUUUGUCGCCCUCCGUGUGCUUUUAUUAUUUAUGGAGCCAACCAGUCCUUAGUGAGGUGUUGUAAAUUAUGGAGUGUGGCUGUGCAUCUGUGUCUUGUGUUGCUGUCUGUAGUGUGUGGUCGGUAUUCCCCCCCAUCAUUUUCUGUAUAAAGGCUUAUUUCUUUCCAGCCAUUUCUUCAGAAUAAAAAAAAAACAAAAGUGGUGAUGCCUAAA